GACAGCACGGUCCUCUGUGCAUCCAGCAGGAGCCUGAGCUCUUCCCGUCCGUCCCACUGAGCUGUGUUGCUGUCGGUGGUCCCUGGUGGAGCUGUUGCUGUUGCUGCUGAGCAUGUGCUCGGCUGCUCCACAGGGCAGAAGGAACGCUUCCCAUCAGCACACAGGUUGCAGGCAUGGAUGGCUGAGCGCACGGCUCCGACUCAAGAGUUCAUUUCUCCUCUGUCUGGAUUGUGUUCCUGGCUUCCCAGCGCUGUCACCAAGCUGUUAUUCAUCCCUGCAUCAUGGAGGCUCAGCCUGGUGCAUCAUGGGAGCUCAUCAACAGUGUGACAGAUACAAUAUAUGAGGGCUGAGAGGUCGUCAUGGAGACUGACAGCUACACCCCAGGCCCAGCCUCCAGUGACUGGCUCGGGACGGUGGCCGGGCUGGAGGGAAUGGGAGUCCUUCAGGAGCAUGAAGGAGGGGGCUUGCCCAGCAGCCCGGCGUCCUGGUACACGCCAUACUCGCUGGGCUUCCAGGUGUCGCUCACCUCCUUCCUCAUGCUGGAGCUAGUGUUGGGUUUCAGCAGCAACCUGACUGUGCUGGUGCUCUACUUCUCUCAAUCCAAUUUAGUGGACUCUGUGAGCAAUAUGGUGACUGUCAAUCUGCACGUGCUGGAUGUGGCGGUGUGUGUGCUGUGUCUGCCCCUCACUCUGGUGAUUGUGCUGCUGCCUCCAGGACCAAACCUGGCCCUGCUCUGCUGCUUCCACGAGGCAUGUGUCACAUUUGCCAGCAUAUCCACAGCCAUCAACAUCCUGGUCAUCAGCUUGGACCGAUAUGACAUCUCAGUGCGGCCUGCCAACAGGCUGCUGACCACACGUAGAGCAACGCUGCUCCUGGCUGCCGUUUGGGUCACCUCGGUAGCUGUGUUUUUUAUCCCAUUCUUAGAGGUGCAGUGGUCCAGUGGAGAAGGAGCAGAGGAGAGAGGGAAGGUGACACGCUUGUCGUUGUCCUCACAUGGUAUCAGUUCCACCGUGGUGCCAGCGUGGCGCAACCAGACACUGCUGUGUGUUGGCGGGCAGGACUACCACACAGGCCUGGGUAUGCAUUUCCAUCUUAUCCUGCAGGUACCCAUCUUCUUCACCACAGUGGCAGUCAUGCUGUUUACCUACUCCAGAAUAUUGAGGGCUUUAAACAUCCGCAUCGGCUCCCACAUGAAGAAGGGCCAGCAGUUCAGGGGGCCCCACAAGAGACAGAAAAAAAAGGUGGGGCUCAGAAUGAAUAAUAGUGGUGGGGAGGUAGGAGGGGAGCAGUGCACCACAGAUGGUACUAAACAGCUCAGCCAUCCUCCCCUCAUCCCUUCCUCCUCCCCCACCCCCACAGCUACCUCCCCGCCCGCGCUGUCUUCUUGUGCUCCGCUAGUCACCUCUGACACAGGCGCUGCGACCGCCAUGCCCACCACGAGCGUCCAGGCCUCUGUGUCGGCCAUCAUUGCCCUGAGGCGGGCAGUGCGGCGACACAGGGAUCGACGCGAGCGGCAGAGGCGGGUGUUCAAGAUGUCCCUCAUCAUUAUCACCACCUUUCUGGGCUGUUGGGCUCCCCUCUCUGUGACCAACAUGCUUAUCCUGGGCAUAGGCCCCAGUGACGCCCUGGUCAGCCUACGCCUCUGGUUCUUAGCCCUGGCCUACGGCACAACUGUCUCCCACCCUCUGCUCUACGCUUUCACCCGACAGAAGCUACGCCGUGCCCUCCGUGCUAAGGUUAAGAAAAGGGUGGUGUCCCUGCUCCAGGUAGACCCCUCACCUGGGGGCACUAUCAUACACAACUCCUGGGUGGAGAACAGAAAAACCAGCCGGCAGGUGCGGCUGGAAGCAAGCAAAGGUACUGACCGCUGCUUGGCAGAGGUCCUCUGAGACUGACACACAUGGGACGGGCUAGUACAAUUAAAAAGCAGGAUAGAGUCACAGGUGUGUUCUGUUAUGAAACUCACUAGUGCAUGAAGCCAGUAUGUGAAAAACACAUUUCCACCUCUGGGAGAUGUUUAAAUGUAACCACCAGCAGCAAGCCCAUGCUAAACACAGCUAAUGUUCACCUCAGGCAUCAGAGAAAGAGCAGGAUUUUGUCGUCACUGUGGUGCACACAGCCUCUGCUGCUGAAGAAAAUCAUAUAACAGCAAACACAAAAUUGUAUAUAAUUUGCACUCUUUCAAAUUGUGAAGUCUGUUUACAAAUGGAGUUGUAUGAUAGAGCGUUCGCAUAGUGGUGCUUACCUAACUGCUCCAAAGAAUUGUGUUUAGCAGCAUCUAAACUGGUCUGCCACCCACUCAAAUGCCCCAAGGCAGCUUUAAAAUAAACAUUAUUGACACUUCGAACAAAUAAAUACUUAUCAAACUCUUUGAAUGUAUUUAAUAUUGUCUCCUUCUUAGUUAUGCUCUGAUGGUAUAUGUGUAUUUUGAACUAAAAAGGGAUCAUGCUGGAUAUUCACAAGCAAGACACAGCGAUGAUAGAAUGAUGAGAUGUAAAUGUUUCCGGGUGUAGGAGGGGAACAAGUCAGAGAACAAUUAAAGGCUAGUGUGAAUUAUUAAAUGCAGUUUUGCUUUAGUAUAAGUAGUUACUAAACUCUCAAUGUUACAGUGUUUACAUAAAACCUUGCAAUGCUCUUUCAUAUAAAUGCAACUCUUUUGCUCUUAAAUUUGUAUCAAAUGGUGCAAUGUCUUAUUGAUGUUUUGCAUAUACUGCUUGGAGAAGGUAAGCACAUUGAUUAAAGGCCAUAGUUUGACAUUUUGGGAAAUUGCUCAUUGGCGUUCUUGCAGAGAAUUAGAUGAGAAGAUUGAUUCCACGGUUGUGUGUACAGUCAAUAUGAAGCUUCAGCCAACAGCUUAGCUUAGCACAGCGUCAAUUUAAAAGAUAAGAAUUUUGCAAGUGCACUUUUGUGUGAAACAGCUAAGAAAACUACAUAUCCCAUCUAGCUAGCUAGCUGGCUAGCUUAGAUCAUUUCUACAACACAUGUAACAUUAUCUUACCUGAUGUGUUUAAUCCAGUGUCUUUUUAUCAGCCGGGAAGCAAAAGAACAAGCAAGACCUGUUGCUUGUGUGAGUAACUUUACAUUCCGGUACAAAACACACCGGCAUCGUAGCUUUAGCGAGACGUCACCUAUGGACGUCACUCAUGCGACUUUGGGGUGAGUAGUCUUUCUAAUUAGGCUACGUAUUUCCAUUUGUAUACUUCAACAGUUUUACAAGAAACUGAGACUGCAAAAUUAUCUUUUAAAUUGUCAAACAUCGUAUGUGUAGCUAUAUCAUGGCUCAAUUCAAACGGGAUCAAAAAAUGAUGAUGAUGAUUUUUUUCCCAAAAUAAGGUCCAAUUCUGGUCCACCAGAAGGGGAGGGACUUUGCCUCUCUAUGUCAAUAACGCUUCAAUUUACAUUUCUAUUAGAAAUCUGCGACCGUUUGGACUAGUUGCUUACCUUUUUCAGUAAUGUAAGCAUUAUCUGGUGAUACAGGUAGAGCUGAGGGUGGCACAGGUUACCAUGGUUACUUGUCUCCAACCGGCAAGAGCUCUCAGAAAGUGACAUGGUAAUUACAGCAUCCUAAAAGAUACACGUGUUACUGUUAAAUCACACAAAAGUAUGUUGAACGAUAGUAUACAUAUGAAGUACGUCCUGAUACUAUGCGAUUUCGGACACAGCCAUGUAUGCACACAUGAGAGUGCUGUCAAACAUCUCAUCUAACUCUUUUAGCAAUGCCUCUUUGCCAAAACUGCUGACUACUGCUAAUAGUAAAAAAAAGAAAUCUAUUUAAUGAUUUAUUAAAUGUUGACAGAAUUAUGUGGUAAAGUCAGCUGGCUGUGCUGAAGUAGCUAUGAUACUGUAAAAUAGACAGGUGGACGAGAAAAUAACAGGAAAACCUUUUAAUAUAAUGCAGUCCAGUGCAUCACCAAAAAUGACAAUCAAAAAAAUAAUAAUCAUUCAAUUAACACCUCUCUGACACAUUCUCAAAACAAAAAGGACACGUAUGACCUUAAAAAAAACUAGUAUUCAUUGCAGGUCAAUUGUUUUGGAUUGCAUUAUAUUUAAUUUUCCACUGUGGUUUAGUUUGGGGUUUUGGCAUACUAUAAAGCAUGCAUUUCUCCUUUGAAAUAACAAUAAUGUACAUGUUGUAAAUACUAACCACUUUAAAAUGUAUUUCUUGUGAAAUCAGCAGUACAAGUCACUUGGUCUGUAUGUGAUUAUAGACUGACUUUUCUAGAUAUAGAUUGUUUCAGUUGCAGCUGGCUCAUCCAAACAUGUGGUCCCAUGGGUCAACUCAACCUGUCACUACAGCCGAGCACUAACAGAUUGUAGUGUAGUGAUUCACUGUUCUGAUGAUGUACACACACUGGGGCUCAUUUCAGAAGUUGUGUAAUAUAUGACACACAUAAUUGAUAUGUUCUUGAAUGUAAACCCAUGAAAAAAAAUACAUAUUAUACACAACAAGAAUAUGCUAUCUUUAUAAGUUUUCUUCAUGGUGUUGUUUUUAUGUGAACGUAUCACCAUGCAAUGUUGAAUUAUAUGAAUAAAAAUGAAAUACUGAGGUCUGUA